GGAGGAGGAGGGGCGAGGAGGCGAAGGGUGGGGAGAGGGGCGCCCCGCUUCCUCGCCAAGUGCCAAUCCUUGGAAGUUGCCCCUCGGUUUUUAACCCUUUAAGGGGAGUGGGAAGGAGCAAGGGGGAAGUGGAUACCCUCGGGCAAACUCCUACUGGGACCAGGACGUGCAGCCACCCACCCACUCACACAUCACUGCGUUCCCUACCCCCCGGAAAUGCGGGGCUGAGCCGGGCGCCGAGAGGCACUCGGGCGGGGGGAGGGGGCGACGAACCCGAGAGGGACCCUCUCUACGGACCGCCCCUCCUUCUUGAGGUCGCCCACAAUUUCAAGUUUCCCCAGCCCGGCAUGUUAGUUUCCAUCUGCUCUGGGUGGGGGAGGAGAGCCGCGCCCCCUCCCCCAGACUCGCGCGCGCCCCUCCCCUCCGCUCCUGCCAGCACUUUCUGCUCACUUCUGGCGCUGCAAAACGCCACGCGAUUUAUUCGUUUCGCAUUUUUAAACCAGCGAUUUAACCAGCAGGGCCUAGAGCGAGGGUCUUCCAGCGCUGGAACCCCGGGAGGCGGGGUGCUCUGUGCAAACCUCGUUCCCUCCGCGAGUGUCGCCUUCAGGCUGUUAUUUGCAAAGAAACGUCUUUUUGACGCAGGGAGAAAUGGCAAAUUUUAAGUACGUCAUUAAUAUGGCGCCAAAAGAUUUUUUUAAGUAUAAGCUUGCAUUUUUUUUUUUAAAGGUUGCGGGGGGCGCCGCCCCGGUGUGGGGCGCGAAGGGGGCGGGGUGUGAGCAGAAAGUGUGAGUGAGAGUGGAGGGGCGGGGUAUGUGUGUGAGUGUGUGAAGUGUGAGCAGACCUGAUGGGACUUGCACGGGCGCAGCCGCCGCUUGGGCCCGGCCCUGGGGACAGGGCGGGCUGGGGGCGCCCCAGAGCCCGUGGGGAGUACAGGCCCGAGGUGCAGGCAAGAGAGCGGCCCAGCAGGGUACCCUCCACCCGGAGGCCUGCAACGCUACCUGAACCCGCUGCUGGAGCCAAACAACUGGGCGGGGGGGUGGGCGGGGGGGUCAGGAGUGGAGAUCCGAGUGAAUAAGAAAAAAGUGGCUACUCCCCCUCCCUCGCUCCUCCCGCCUGCCCCCACCCCACCCCCACCCCAACACAUUUUUUUUUUUUCUAAAGAGAUCACAAGGAAGUCUUGGUUUAAAAAGAAACAGAAACAUACACAGGGGGGUUGGUGAAUGGUGCCGACCGCGGCCAUCGCAGUUGGAGGCUAUUUGGGGGGGUGGGUGAGAGGCGUCCAUGGAGUUACUUUGCGCCCACUCCUAGCGUCAAGGGCUUAGGUCCAGACCGCUGACCGUCCCCGGCCAGGGUGCGGUGCUGGGGACCCCACGGCCCCGGCCGCCUCCUUCGCCACGACCCCGGAUGGAUGCGCGCCCCCCGCCCGCCCGCGCCGGCCCCAGGAGCUCCGGGUUUCAGGAGCAUCCUUCCCACGCCGGCCCCAGCCGCGGCGCGUAACCGUGGGUAGCGCCCCUCGGAAGGGCACAGCGGAACAAGGUAGGCCAGAGAGCCAGCUCCAUUCUCUGAAGAAGGAACCAGAAGGACCCUGCAGUUGCCAACGGGCAGUCAUCCACGGAAUGAGUGGGCUGAACUUUGCCCUCUUUUGGGUGGAGGGUAGGGUGUGAAGGUGCUGAAGGACAAAGUAGACAAAGCCCCUUUCUGUCUCCAAGGAUCCCCUUGGCAUGUCCUCAGAACUGGGUCUGGAGGGUGGGUGUGGAGAGUGUGUUUUAGGGGAGUUGGGUGCCCCUGGGACAGGCGAGCAGUGGUGGGUGUUGGAGGAGGGUUAGGAUUCCCUGUGAUUGGAGAAGCAAGUCUGAGGAUCUGUGUGUACAAAAUCACUGUUGUCACAGCAGUUACUGUCCCUGAGAAGGCAUUAAAGUUAAUGAGAGAUAGGAAAGAGUGGGGCUCUGACCCCCAUUUAAAACGGUUUAAGAGUAUGCAGCUCUUGUUUUCUGAAUGUCUGGCCUUCCCGACACAAGCAGGCUCUGAGGACAGGUUUUCCAGCCGAAAUAUCAUUAAAUUGUAUUAGCAUCUUAUUACACACACGCCUUAGCGGUCUGCCUCAGACAGGGAGAGUUUUUGUUUCUCUUUGAAAGAUUGUGUCUGGAAUGGUAAAUUGCCUGCUUGAAAGCCUUUUCCUCCCCUUUUUAAAGGAGGAAGACGAAAUCCUGCUGUGUGUGGUGGCAGGCUGGGCAGGCCUGGUGGCCCCCAGAGAGGAGAGGCCGGAGGCCAGGUUGGGCUGUUUUAACUGCCCAGGGAGCUGCUGCAGUAGCAGGCCUGAAAGACCCACUGUUUCCAGGGUCAGCUGGAGGGGCGUUAAUGGAGGCCCAGGGUGUUUAUUUGAGUUUAUUUGCGGAGAGGUCUUUAAAGGGGGCUGGCAUUGGGCAUUGGUGUUUCAAGUCCAGACCUGAGGUCCCCACUAAGACCAGUGGCUAGUGCUGCCAAGAAAACAUCUGCCACCAAAUUGCUGCCCUAUUACUGAGUUGACAUUGAUCAUUAGCCAGGAGCCCAACCAAAUAAAGCCUCUUGGAAAACGUGUGAGGUUAAGACGGGGAAGGCGGGCUGUGCAAACAGGUCGAAAUCUGGGGCUGGGGUGUUUGCUCCCAUAGGCUGUGAGCAGGCUGCUUGGCUGUGUGGCCCCACACUUCUGGGGGGAGGGGACAAGAGCACACUCAGCACUGAGUGUGCACCAAACUCCUGUCAUGUGCUAGGUACAACUCGAAGGGCUACUGGGCAAGGAUCCAAACAGUUACACUUUUUCUUGUUGUGGAACAUAUACUCUGAAGGAAAAGGACAUUCAUCAAGUAGCUCAACAAACACUCCUAAAGAAGCUGAGUAACUGGGUGGUGGGCUUUCUGUAGAUAAGGCAGCUGGCAUAGACCUCUGAUGUUUAAGCCGAAACCUGAAGGAGGAAAAGUCAGAGAUGCCUAGAUUGUGUAGACCAUUACAGGCAUAGAGCACACCUGUGCACAGGUCUGGAGGCAUGGACUGUCUGUUUCAGGAAAUGAAAGGAGGCUGGUUUGACUGGGAAGUGGUGGGAAAUGGGCUGGUGGUCAAUAUGCAGUAGGCAGGGACCAGAUCGUAUAAAGUCUUAUGGUUAGAAGUUUGAGUUUUGCCCUUGAUCAACAGGAAGCCUGUGAAAGAUUUCAAAUAGGACAUAUGACAUGAUCAUUCUGGCUACUGUGUGGAUCCUGGAUUACGAGGGAGCAGUAGUGGAAGUUGGGAGAUGAAUGAGCAGUCCUGCGAGAGAUGAGACUGGCCUGGACCAGCGUGGAAGCAGUAAAGAUGGGGAAGGUGGCUGGAUUCUCCGUGUGUUCUGGAGGGAGCACCCACUGCACUUGCCAAGGGUCAGCGGUGGGGUGGAGGAGCCACAGCAAGGCUGCUCACUCAGGGGACUCGAGGACAUCCAUACUCCCAGAGGAGAGCUGUGUGUGUCUCCAUAGCUGGGGAAGGUGUAAGAGUGCAAGCAGACUGGUGGCAAUGGCAGGAAAAGGGGACACUUCUUUCCCAGCGUCUCCUUUGUGGUACUUUCUGUCCCUAAAAAUAAGUGCCUCAUGACCCUGAAUAUUCUCAGGGCAGACCUUGCUUUGGGAGAGGUUAGGGGAGCCAGCAGAGAGGAAAAACGAGAGGCCAAGGUCAAGUCUUGGCACCCCCAUCCCCCACCUGCACGUGUAGCCCUGGAUUUCAGCUUUGGUAAGAAUCCUCCGUGUCCUCUGUGCUGGGUUGGAGGGGGACAUCAUGGGGCAAAGCCUUGUCCUGCAGGGGAGGCCAGGCCUCAUUUGAGUCUUCAUUGGCCACUGAGAAGAGGCUUACCUGAGGCAGGGAGACCUUUCGAACAGACUUGGUUCAAAGAAAAGAAGCAAAGCAGUGGUUUCCCUCUGAAGCCUAGUUAUUAUUCCAAUUAAGCUGCCGCAAAAUCUGCUCUCAUAAUAACACGCUAUCCAGGAGGACUCUGGGGUGUUUCACGGAGGAGCUGGCUGAGGGUGGGGUGCAGGUCUGCGUGCUGACAGGUCACACUGGUCCUGGGCAGUAGGAAGAGAUCCUGGCAGUCAAGGGGUCCUGUUGUCAGGGACCUUCCUUACUGCACAGCUCACUGCCUUGCUGAGGAGGCCUUCAGGUGGCUGCUGGUAGAAUUGUUCACCUGGCCCAAGUCUGCUGUGGUAUUAAUAACCAGCACCCAUAUGGAAUGCCAGCCACUGUGCUAAGGGCUUUAUGCUGCUCUCCUUCACUCACCAGCUGAUUCUGGCCCACAGAUGUGUUUAGUUUGGCCCUCUCUAAGUGUUUUAAAUAUCUAAAUCAGUUGCCAGCAUUUUAAGUUCAGGAGAUUUAUGUAUAAUUCCAGAUCCAAUUUGUGUCUUUGGGGAAGUAUGUCUUUCCCAAGGUCCCUGGUCUAGUGAGGGGUGGAGAUAGGAUUUGAACUUGGCCUCCCUGAAUCCAGUGCUGCUGCUUUUAUGCUAUGGGACAGCCUGGCUUGCAAGUGCCUAUUUGCUGGAAAUGAAGAAAAAUGCAGUUCAUGUAGAGGAUUUCAGAAGAAAACAGAUGGGUGCAUGAAGAGCACUUCUCCCCCUGCUCCUACCCCACCUGUGACAGCUGGGUUGGCAAGAUUCAGGCUGGAGUCAGAGUUGUGUUACAGUCACCUUUGUCACAUGCAGACCCCAGAGGACAGCAAGGAUGGGCACGGAUCUGGGUAGUGGAGUGUUAUUGUCCCAUUCACUCAUUCAGUCUAUGACCUGAGCCACUGGGCUACACAGAGGCAGAGUAGUCUCAAGGUCAAGAGGAUGGUCUCCUGAGUCAGAGAAACCUCUUAUAAGAACUGUGAUCUUGGGCAAGUCACUUAACCUCUGAGCUUCAUUGUCCCCACCUGCAAAAGGGAAGCAGCCAUUAUGCCUGCCAGCACCAAGGGCCAGUUCUGAGGCCUCAUCGGGGUCCCUGUGUGCCAGGAUGCGCCCCUCCCCAAGCAAUGGGUACUUAUCCGUUUCAACUCUGGUUCCUGCCUCCUUGGCAUCCGUGCUCCUCUCCACCAGGCAUGCCUCCAGACCUCCACACCCUCUGGAGAGCCCUUGGCCUCCACCUUUGCAGCUGGGCAGCAAGCAGCCCCAAUGAACCUUUCAUCCUGACCCUACUCUUGGGAGACAUGGGGGUGGAGAAAAGCUCCUCGCUAAGGUCAAGUUUGAGGCCAGAGGGUCCUUCUGAGUAGCUCAGAGUUCUGGGUAAUUGCAACCCGCUUUAGAGAGCCAGUGCUCCUAAGGCCUCUGCAAGGCCACAGUAAAAUAAGGUGACCCCUCCCAGGGCUCCGUAUGAGUAGACUUGGGGUGACAGCAGGUGGCAAAUGGGAUUCACAGUGGGGUUGGGCAGCCUGGUUGGUUGGCAGCUGGGCUUUCUCCCUACUGACACUGGCUUCUUGUCCUUUGCUGUGUACAGUGAGGCAGCCCAGGGUCUAGGCUGACAAAAACAUGGUGAAAAGCCCCGUGGGCUCCGAGCCCCGGGUCUGUUCUCUGAAUUGGGACUCAGCCACUGACUAGCUGUGAGACCUAAGGCAGGUUAACAAGUCUCUCAGUGUGCUCCCCUCCAAGAGGGGACCAGAGCAGGCUCUGCCACCCAGGACUCUGCAGGAUUAGAGGAAAUAGUGGGUAGGAAAGCACUUCCAACAGGCAGGAGCUGACAAGGGCACAAAGGCGGCUCAGUGUGGGCUCGGGGAUCAGACCACGUGGAUUCAAAUCCCGGUUCAGCCAAGUCACUAGCAGGACAAGGCACUGAGCCUCCUCAGUAAAUGAAGCUAAUAGCUCACAACUCCCCAGGUUGUUAGGAACACGAGAUAGCUGAGUUGGCAUGGGUAGGGGAAAGAGCUCAGUACGGGAGAGCCGCCCUUCUACCUUGAAGCUAAACACUGUAGUGGAGGGAAAGUGAGUUUGUAUUUUUACCUGGAGAGGGACACUGAGGGGAGGGUGGGCAGCGCAGCCCCUUCACUCUGGCCCUGGCGUGGCUCAGGAACCCAGCGUGGAGCCUCCCUGCCCCCACCCCAGUUCCAUGCCCCUCUGGCUGCCACUCUCAGGAUAUGCAGAGUGUAGGCUCAGUGCUUGUGGGCUGGCUUGUCCCUCAACUCCGCUCGCCUGGUCCUCCUGGAAGAGUCUGUCUGUUUCUGUGCCCUCCCUCCUCUGCCUCAAGCAGGGCACCACGUGCAACUUGCAGAUGGAAGAGAAGAGGCGAAAGUACUCCAUCAGCAGCGACAACUCUGACACCACCGACAGUCACGCUACGUCUGCAUCAAGAUGCUCCAAACUGCCCAGCAGCACCAAAUCGGGCUGGCCCCGGCAGAACGAAAAGAAGCCCUCCGAGGUUUUCCGGACAGACUUGAUCACAGCCAUGAAGAUCCCAGACUCGUACCAGCUCAGCCCGGAUGACUACUACGUCUUGGCAGACCCAUGGCGGCAAGAAUGGGAGAAGGGUGUGCAGGUGCCCGCGGGGGCAGAGGCCAUUCCCGAGCCAGUGGUGAGGAUUCUUCCACCGUUGGAAGGCCCCCCUACCCAGGUGUCCCCUAGUGGCUCUGAACUUGGUGAGGGCUCCCAGCCUGAUUGGCCAGGGGGCAGCCGCUAUGACUUGGACGAGAUUGAUGCCUACUGGCUGGAACUCAUCAACUCAGAGCUCAAGGAGAUGGAGAAGCCAGAGCUGGACGAACUGACGCUCGAGCGUGUGCUGGAGGAGCUGGAGACGCUGUGCCACCAGAACAUGGCGCGGGCCAUCGAGACGCAGGAGGGGCUGGGCAUCGAGUACGAUGAGGAUGUCGUCUGUGACGUGUGCCGCUCUCCCGAGGGCGAAGAUGGCAACGAGAUGGUCUUCUGCGACAAAUGCAACGUCUGCGUGCACCAGGCAUGCUAUGGGAUCCUCAAGGUGCCCACGGGCAGCUGGCUGUGCCGGACAUGUGCUUUGGGUGUCCAGCCGAAGUGCCUGCUUUGCCCGAAGCGAGGAGGAGCCUUGAAGCCCACUAGAAGUGGGACCAAGUGGGUGCACGUCAGCUGUGCCCUGUGGAUUCCUGAGGUCAGCAUCGGCUGCCCCGAGAAGAUGGAGCCCAUCACCAAGAUCUCGCAUAUCCCAGCCAGCCGCUGGGCCCUGUCCUGCAGCCUCUGCAAGGAGUGCACGGGCACCUGCAUCCAGUGUUCCAUGCCUUCCUGCGUCACGGCAUUCCAUGUCACAUGCGCCUUUGACCACAGCCUGGAAAUGAGGACUAUCUUAGCAGACAACGAUGAGGUCAAGUUCAAGUCGUUCUGCCAGGAGCACAGUGAUGGGGGCCCACGGGGUGAAGCUCCGUCCGAGCCUGUGGAGCCCAGCCCGGCUAGCGAGGACCUGGAAAAGGUGACUCUUCGGAAGCAGCGGCUGCAACAGCUGGAGGAAGACUUCUAUGAGCUGGUAGAGCCAGCCGAGGUGGCCGAGCGCCUUGACCUGGCUGAGGCGCUGGUCGACUUCAUCUACCAGUACUGGAAGCUGAAGAGGAAAGCCAACUCCAACCAGCCGCUGCUGACGCCCAAGACGGACGAGGUGGACAACCUGGCCCAGCAGGAGCAGGACGUCCUCUACCGCCGCCUGAAGCUCUUCACGCACCUGCGGCAGGACCUGGAGAGAGUUAGAAAUCUGUGCUACAUGGUGACAAGGCGCGAGAGAACGAAACAUGCCAUCUGCAAGCUCCAGGAGCAGAUAUUCCACCUGCAGAUGAAACUUAUCGAACAGGAUCUGUGUCGAGGCCUGUCUACCUCGUUCCCCAUCGACGGCACCUUCUUCAACAGUUGGCUGGCGCAGUCAGUGCAGAUCACCGCAGAGAACAUGGCCAUGAGUGAGUGGUCGCUCAACAAUGGGCACCGCGAAGACCCCGCCCCGGGGUUGCUGUCCGAGGAGCUGCUGCAGGACGAGGAGACACUGCUGAGCUUCAUGCGGGACCCCUCGCUGCGACCUGGCGACCCUGCCAGGAAGGCCCGCGGCCGCACCCGCCUGCCUGCUAAGAAGAAACCACCGCAGGAUGGGCCUGGUUCACGGACGACCCCAGACAAACCCCCCAAGAAGCCCUGGGGCCAGGAUACUGGCAGCAGCAAAGGGGGUCAGGGACCACCUGCCAGGAAGCCACCACGGCGAACACCUUCUCACCUGCCAUCCAGCCCUACAGCUGGGGACUGUCCCAUCCCAGCAGCUCCCGAGAGCCCCCCACCGCUGGCCCCCGAGACCCCGGAGGAGGCAGCCCCGAUGGCUGCCGACUCUAAUGUCCAAGUGCCUGGCCCUACAGCGAGUCCCAAGCCCUCAGGCCGGCUCCGGCUGCCCCGUGAGAGCAAGGGAAACCGGAGAUCGCCAGGUGCCAGGCCUGACGCGGGGACGGGACCGCCUUCUGCUGUGGCCGAGAGGCCAAAGGUCAGCCUACAUUUUGACACUGAGACUGAUGGCUACUUCUCUGAUGGGGAGAUGAGCGACUCAGAUGUGGAGGCUGAGGACAGCGGGGUGCAGCGAGGUCCCCGGGAAGCAGGGGCUGAGGAGGUGGUCCGCAUGGGGGUACUGGCCUCCUAAGUCACCCCUUCCCCUGUCCUGGCCCCCUGUGAGGCCUCAGCCCAGUGACAACUGCCAUUUCCAAUCUCCGCUGAGUGUCUCAGACCCCUGAGGCUGCCACUCUGAUGUGGUUUUAUUUUUAAUAUAAAGAGAGUUUCGAAUUCCACACUAUUGUCUUUCCUCUGUGCUGGCCUAGGACGUUAGGAUUCCUUCCACGGCUCUGGCCACAAGGACCAGCCCUGGUCCUGUGCACCAUCACGGCCGUGGCAGCAUCCCUGCCUGGGCCACGCAGUACUGCUGGGCUCCUGGCUACAUGUAGGCAAGGUGAUGAAGAGCUCAGGACUCCCGCCCGCUGCCACUGGGUGACACAGACUGUCGUUUGGGCAUUAUAUGGCAGAUGGGCCUGCCCCGCCUUGCUCCCAAAUCCCACUGGGGUCCAUCUGGGGGGGUCCUGCUGCACUUCACUGAUCCCCAAGGAAGUAUGAUAAGUGAUACCCAGCCAGAGUCUACUCACUGUCACAAGCACAAUGAGCUUAUACAAGAAAGCACUGAGGGGGCGAAGAGGGCCUGCUGGUUCCAAGGGAACCAUAGCUGUUCCUGGUCAACCCACAUCAUCGGAGGCCUGCCCGCCCACCCUGCGAUCCUCCACUCCCCUGCUGCUCUGCCCCUGCCAGUGCCCAGCCCGGCGGCUCUGGGGAGGGCUUCCCAGAGUCCUUCCUGAGCUGUGCCGUUUUCUCAGGGGACUCCCAGCCAGCCAGCCGCCAGUGCCGGCGGAGGGCUGCGAGGGAGGGCCAGUGCCCGGUCAGGGGCGUGGGGCUCAGACUCGCCCACUACAGAGAAUCGCUCUGGGACUCCAACUUCCUUCCUUCCUUCCUUCGGGGCCAGUCUCGGCCAGGGUCUGAUCAAUCCCAGACAGCUGACCAGACCAGACCAUUUGCCUUUUCAAGUUUCCUGCUAAGUGAUGAGCUUCUUCCUUGGUUUCCUUUUGGAAACUCCUCCUUCCAACAAGCAGUGGGAUCCCGGGGCCCGGGACGGGUUAGUGAUGGCCUGCCAGGGCUGUUUGAAGUCUUGCUGGAUCUUCCUGGUUCCUCUUCCCCUCUGAGCCUUAACCCCCUUUCCCAGCUGUGCCCUUUUAGCCCUUCCCUCCCUACCGUCACCGUCCUGCCUUCUCCGCUUCACCCUCUAAGUCCCAGGUAGUAGCUCUGAAGAGUUUCAGUGGAGUGGCCCCAGGGUGAUAGCUCAGGGAACAAAUGAAAAACAAAAAGGAAUUCAGUGAAAACAUGUUUUCUUUUCUUUUAUGACUUACUCCUGGGUCACUUCUGCCACUGGUAAAGCCAGAACUUCUCCAACAAGAACCUUGCAAAAGUCCAGUGAAUCAGUCGAAUCAUUCUGUGGAUGCCAAAGAAUAUUUUGACCAUAAUACAGCACAGCCAGGACCUGACAACUUGUCACUUGGACUUUUUUUAAAAAUGGAAUUCUUUAGCAACCAAGUAUAGAAACAUGUUCGUUGCACACACCCAAGGAGGUGAGCCCAAGCUCUCGGACAAGAUGCUGUUCUGCUGCUGCUGGUGUUGGAUUUUGGAUCCUGGGCCCACUGUGAGCUCUCCUGAACCCUAAAACUCCGCAGGAGGAGACUGACGGUGAAACCAGCGUGGCAAAAGUCUCACCAUGGGGAUCCCCCUCACAUAACACAAAGCGCAAAUCAGCGGGAUGGGGAGCAGGCUGAGCACCCAUCCCCGACUCCAGACUUUCAAGGUACGACAGUGGCAUGGUCAUGGACACUCAGUUUCAUGUGAAUUUUAUCAAAACAGGAAACAAAGAUAAUGACUAAGUUUAAAGGGCUGGACAGAUGUGUCCAGUCGGAGCAGACUCAGAGUGGGCUUCAAGGACUCUGGGCGUUGGGAUUGCAUGAGCUACUGUGUAGAGUUCAGUCUGCCUGGCGCCUUGGUGGUAGUGGCCAGUGCAGUCAGCAGCAGCGUCCUAACCCCAUUCUCUGUUUACUGCCUUUGAACAGAUCUUCUUCCUUCCCCGUGCUUCGGGUCACCUCGGGUCACAACCUUGUCUGUGCUGGAUUGCCUGGUCUGACCUCACAGGAAGCAAAGGGACCAGCUUUAAAGAACAACCAAACUCUGCCGGGAGGUGGGGUGCUCAGGUCCAGUAGACUCGGCACUAGCCUGCUUACCCUUCAUCCAUCCUGAGGCCGGGUCUGGGAGCUCUGGGGGCGAGGUAGGGCAGAGAACCAGGGCAGGAACGUGGUAGGUCUGGUCAGGGCCUGGACUGGGUGGGCCAGGCCAGGAGACCAGCACUCCUUCAGAGGGCCUCUACUCAAGUUGGCCUGUAGAUUUCAACCACUUCUCAAUUGGCUCUUGCUUUGAACUCAAUUAUCCCUGGGGCCCCGUGUCCUGCACGGAGUCGGGGUGCCUCUAAAGCUGGCUGCCCAGGGUCUGCCAGGCCAGACCCAAGAGCUUUGUUUGCCAGGCAGCCGUCCACUACUAGGAUGUCCGGCAGGCUACAAAGAAGACAAGGAUACUGGUUCUCACUGCUGGCCUUUCUGCCAUCAGCCACAGCCCCUUUACACUUUUUCCAGCUUCCCAUCCACAGUGCAGACAGCUUUGCUGCCUUUGAGGUCAAGAUGGGAAGCUGAGGAGAAGGCAGGAGGCCUUUUCCAGACUAGAGGCUGACGUAUGUCUUUCAUGUGACCAUAUCUGCCCACACUCAGUGGCCCUCCUCAGGGAGGGACAAGCUGCUCUGGAAGUUAUCCUGGCGGUCUUUGCCACUCUCCUGGUCUCUGCUGCCCACCUCCUUCCCCCUUCUCACAGUGAGAAAGGAUAAUGUGCAAGGAAAGUAUUUUUAUGGAUCGUAAAUGUAUUUUAGAACAAAUACAGAGAAGAAAGGUUAGAAGGGUUUAUUUUAUUAAAAGAGCUCUGACUUGGUGACAGUGUGUGAACAUUUGCAGUGUGAAGGUCUCAGGUUCCUUGGAGAAGACACCCAGGUUUCCAAACAUGGGUGUUGAGCUGUGGAUGUGUGAGUGUGUGCCAGGGCACGUCUUGUGUGUCCAUAUGCAUGUGUGUCUGUGUGUCAUGUAUGGGCACACAGUGGGACUUGCCAGGGCAGUUUCUAGAGAAUCACAUGCCCAGUUCUGACAGACAUUGGCAGCAGCUGGACUUGGCAUUCCUUGCUUACUGCCAGAUGUGGCCAACCUCUGCCCAUACCCCAAGCUUUGCAGAAUGGUCUGGAUGCCUAUAACAAGGCCCUUGGGGAGGCCACUUCCCAUGGCCCUGGCCCAGCUGGCCACAUUGGCCAAAGAGCCAGGGCUGGAGUCCAGGACCUUUGGUUGUUCUUUAAGGCACUUCCUGCCACCUUGUCCCUCAGACGCACAACACUCUGCGCUCCACAUCGGCUCGGGGUGGGGGGAUGAUAUGAAUGUCACAGGAGGAGACACCUUCUGUCUUUGUUUCAAAGAAAGUUGAUGUGCCAUUUGUUAAUAUACAAGAGAAAUAUUGAAAAUAUAUUGAAAAGAGCAAUUUUAAAUUAUUUUUGGCUUAUGUUGCAAUAUUUAUUUUCUUGUAUUAGGAAAGAUUCCUUUGUAGAAAAAAAAAUGUAUUUUUCAUUAACGCAAAAACCUAUUUCUCCUUUUUGUACAUUGUCCAUGUUCGCUACCCUUAACGAGCAAUAGAAUGUAUGGCUGCCUCGCGGUGGCCAGUGCCCGCGUCCCCUGCAUGCUCCUAUGAUCCCGCUACCACAUAGCUCCCAGUCCCAUCCUGUCCUGCUCACUCAUGGGGGUUUCCAGAGCCUAGCCCUCACUGGAGCCUGUGGCUUCAGGACCCCCUCUGCAAUCCUCGUGUGUUGGCAAACGCAGUUAAUAAAGCAAUGUUUUCUGUG